GAAAAGCGAGCAGAAGAAGCCGGCACGUGACACAGACCAAACCCAUUAGUUUGCCACCCAUAGUAGUGACGGUAGGAAUCUUUCUCCUCUUGCUUCACUGUCGUCUCUCCCUCUUUCCCUUUCUCCAACUCUCUCCUCUCCGCUCCAAAUCUGCUUACUUUCCUCUUGCUUCGCCGUUUUCCUCCUCUGCCCGCUUCGCUAGAUACGGAUUGUCUUACUCGACGUCUCGUCACAAGAAUCAAAGCUUUCUCCCGCUCCCAGAAAUUACAGUUCUCGCAUUUGGUUAGUCUCAGAAGCUUUUCUCACUUUCCUCUUUUCUUUCUUUCCCCUUCUUAUAAUAUAUUAAUGUUUGGUGGUUCAUUGUGCUGGUUUUUUGAAGGACUUGUCGUUUCCCUACCUUUUGGAUGGUUCAAUUCAACCUGCUCCUACUGUCUUCUAGUGUUCUGCCUGUUUGUUGAAAUGUCUCAGAGAGAGAGAACGAAGGAGUAGGAAGGAGGAGUUCUGGGCUGUUUUCGUUCGUCUCUUCCUGGGUUUCCGUCUUAGUGGAAAGUUAAAAGUUUUCUUCUUUCUGGAGGGGGGAAUCUGUGGCUGUACAGUGGUGAUCUGUGGGAUGUCAGAGCAUAGUGGAUGGUUGAUGGAGCAUACCCACUUGAAGAUGGCGUGGAUUCAGCAUCAAAUCCACCAAAAAGAUGGGUUUUUGACAUACCCACCACCACCACCUCCUCCUGCCUUGGUUUCUCCGUAUGCAGAUACCGGCUUCCAUAAAGAUUCGGCAGCGCCUUCUCCUCCUUCUACUUCAUCGUCUCCGUCAUCUUCUGGUACGAGAAUCAGCCCUGCUGUGCUGUUCAUUAUAGUGAUACUUGCAGUGCUCUUCUUCAUCUCUGGCUUGCUCCAUUUGCUGGUUAGAUUCCUCAUAAAGCACCCAUCUUCCUCGGGGGCUGCUCAGUCCAAUAGGUAUCCUGAAUUGUCUAGCUCAGAUGCUCUUCAGAGACAGCUGCAGCAGCUUUUUCAUCUCCAUGAUUCUGGUCUGGAUCAAGCUUUUAUAGAUGCUCUGCCUGUUUUCCAGUACAAAGAGAUUGUGGGUCUGAAAGAGCCUUUUGAUUGUGCUGUUUGUCUCUGUGAGUUCUCCGAGAAGGACAAGCUGAGGUUGCUUCCCAUGUGUAGUCAUGCUUUCCACAUCUCUUGCAUAGACACAUGGCUGUUGUCGAAUUCUUCGUGCCCUCUGUGUAGGGGAACCCUUUUCAAUCCUGGUUUUGAGAACCCAAUAUUUGAUUAUGAUGAUUUCAGAGAAGAUGAAGGCUGCCAGGGGAGUAAUGUGGGAAAUGGUGUUCCUCCGCCGCAGAAAACUGUGGAGAUUGAGGAAGUUGUUAAAAGAGGAGUCGUGCCUGUUCGGUUGGGCAAAUUCAAGAGGUUAGAUGGUGGUGGUGGUGAUGAUGUGGCAGGUGGAGAAACUAGUAGCAGCAAUUUAGAUGCAAGGCGGUGUUUCUCGAUGGGUUCGUAUCAAUAUGUUUUGGCCAAUUCAGAUCUCAGGGUUCCUUUGAGCCAUGAUGAUGGACAGAGUCUUGGUGUAAAGCUUACUAGAGGAAGGGAAGAGAGUGAGAAUCCUUCCAUUGACAAGGAAUCAAAAGGCAAAAAGAUUACGAGUGUAUCUAAAGGUGAGAGCUACUCUGUUUCCAAGAUAUGGCUCUGGUCCAAGAAGGGCAAGUCUACAGAUGUCAAUAUGGGUAUGCCAUCUUCACUUAGUGAUGAUUUGCCAUGGAUGAAGAAAACACAAGAGAAAUAAACUGCGAAGCAUCUUGAGGAGGAAACGCAAGAGAAAUGAAGCAUUCUCAAUUCUGUGAGGUCUCUAGUCAUUAAGCUAUUGCUCAAAGUUUGUCCUUGUGUUGCUUCUCAUAUUGUUAAAUUUUUUGGAGGGGGUUGCUAAUUCGAAUAUCUUGCGAUGGUUAGUUGUGUGGGAUAUAUUUUGUCAACUGAUCUGCUUGCUUGCUGAUCUCCAAUUCAUUAUGAAGUACAUCGAUAAAGAUUGACCGAUUAGCAUAGAUGUAGGAGACCUGAAAUAGUCAAGAGAUGAUGCCCUUUCUUCUCUCUGUACAAUGAUCUUGUGUCUGAAUAUUUACUGCAUUCGAAUUAGACAAGGCUAUUGCAUCAGCUACGUUUGCCAUAUCACUCGAAACAUCCAUUCGAGUGAAAUGGGACUGGAAUUGGUAGCCACUGGUGUGGUAUUUCAAAUGCUGACAAAUGCAUAUGCAUAAUUUCAUAGGUGGAUUGAGCUUUGGGAGGUUAGAAUAGUAGCUUUGAUGUACUGAUAAGUGUCUCCUAUAUUAGCUUUGUUGUAGUUAUAACUGACUCCUCCUGGGGAUCAUUACUGUCAGCAUAUGUGGUCAUAUCUUGAGUGCUUCUUUUACAUCUCAAAUCUCACUGACAUUGUAUUACAUAUAUGCCUGAACUUGAUCAAAAGGGAAAACUGACCAUCUUGCUUUUAUUUUCUUGUAUUCUCUUGUUGUUUUCCUUUUGGUCUUUUUGUAAUAGAAGGGUGUUCUGUAA